AUGCUCGCGCAUCGCCCUCGCCCUCUCCUGAGCCAUAUCGUGGCCUUUCACCCGGUCGUGGCCGAUCACCAGCAAGGCGAUCAAACCGGAAAGCUCAAGCAAAAUCGACAAUCUCUCCCUCACCAAAACGAGUAUCUACUAGGAGAUCAGCUUCCCCGCCGCCAAGACGCUCCCCCCACCAGAUACAAACAAAAACUCGGGCACGAUGAAGACCCCUUGGAUAGUGAAGAAGAGCAAGAUUCGCCGUCACAGCAAGAUUCACCGUCACAAGAUGCUUCCCAGUCUGACGAUGCCUCUCAAUCCGAAGACUCGAAAACCUCUCACUUCUCUCAGUCCGACUCGGAUGACCGGCGCACUGCAAAACGUCAGCCGCCGGCUAAGACUGCACCCGCUGGAAGGAACCGCGCGAAAAAACCCAUCAAGUCCCCAGUCAGGCCACGACUCAAGUUGGCCCUUGCCGUCAAAGGGGCGACAAAGCCACCCAAGAGGCGUACUCGCACUCGUGUCAUAGAAAUCGAAUCUGACGGAUUUUCUGAUGAUGAUGGAUAUCGAUAUCAUACCCGUUCUCGCCGUCGACCGCCAUCACCCUCGGCCCCUGCUCUCGAUGAGCUGACCUACGCUGAAGAGGGACGCCACGAUCCAAACUCAUAUGCUCGCCCAAAGGUCUCGCCUUUUUUGCAGCUGCCUCCCGAUCGCGAACAACCAGAGCAACCCCCAACACCCCCUUUCAAUCCCUACAACCCAUGUCCCAAACGCAGGCGGUAUGUUCGACUUCACGGCGGAAAUCAAAUGUAUGCUGCUCCAGGGCUUGAUCACGAUCAUCGGGAUCAAGAUACCUCUGAAUACCGUUUUACUCCCGCAUCAAUCCCCUUUUGUCCGACUAGUAUGACUGAAACUCUCAGCGGCUCACACCUCUCAUCUUCCUCUCAUUACUCAUCUCAACCCAAUACCCAAGCUCCGUCGUACGGAUAUGACUCCGCAUAUAUCUCUAGCUCAACUUCCCAGCCUAAUACAUCAACCUCCUAUCUGUCUAGACCUUCUUCUUCAGCCUCCCAGUCAACCUCACACUCGCAGCACUCGACCUUUCAGCCACAUAAACCGACUCAGCCACAGCACCCAACUCAGGCACAGCACUCAAAUCUGCCCCAGUACUUCUCUCAGCCGCAGUACUUGUCCCAGCCAAACUACCAAUAUCCACAACCGUCCUUGGCCCCCAUAACCUCUCAGCCCAACACCUCGCGGUCAAUCCUUACUCCAACCUUUGAACAUAAGCCGCCAUCGACACAUUUUGAUUAUGCUCCACAGAGCUUUAUAGAUCAUACUUAUACUCCAAAAGUUAACGGGCCCAAGCUAGGGGUCCCAAGUGGCCCAAAGCCAUUCGACUAUUCCGACUAUUGGAAGAACCAAUUGCAAAAUGUGGAAAAAACCCCCCAGUUGCCCGGUCCGCAAAAACUGCCGCUCCCGCCGCCCAUGCACGGUUCCCUGAAGAAUAUCCAAUCGGGCGCCCAGGAAAACGCGCCGCCGCCCCCACCCACUCAAUUUGGCGGAUUCGCUCAGUCUUCUUGCCCAUUUAACAUCCAGCAAACGCUACUGCCCCCGCCACCUAAAUACGGUCAGUCUACCCAGGAAAAGCCGCCGCUCCUGCCGCCUAACAUUCCGCCCCCUCCUCUGACUCGAUUUGGCCAAUCAUCAUUCCCCACCGCCAAUUUCAAACCAUCGACUAUGCAGCCCACAAGAAAUAACCCUUUCAUGCCGGAUGCGUCGCCACCAAGGCCGCCACCACCACCACCUAAAUCAAACCUCUCCAGUAACCUUUGUGGUUCCAAACCCGGGGGAUCCAUAUUCCAGGCCUCGACCCCUUUACCGGUAUCGACCCAGACCCCUUUACCGGUAUCAACCCAGCCCGACCAACCAACUUUCAGCUUUGUCAGUUUGAAGCCACCUCAGCUCAGUUCGAAACCACCUCAGUACACCGCGAUCAGAAGCGCUUGUAAGUCUCAGAAGUCAUGCCCCGCGUACGACUUCAAGGUUCCUUCUCCACCCUCUUCCCCCACUCGAGCUGUUCCUGUAGAUCCCAUCCUGGAUGAUCUAUCCAACGCAGUCUCUAAUCUCAAGAUAAUCCGCCCCGUUGUCGCGAUCCCUCGAAAAAAUAGUGGUGUCAGCAAAAAAGUCCGCUUUGCUGACGUCUCUUUCAUGAAUGCAAUACUAGCCGACUUUCUCGGGGAGGCAGUCAACCAUCAAAUUGACCCUCAGCUGUUUGCCAAUCAAGCCUCACCUGUCCCUCAAGCUCCAUCCGUUCUCCAAGCUCGAUCCGUUCAUCAAGCUCGAUCCGUUCAUCAAGCUCGAUCCGUUCACCAAGCUUCCCCUCCUUCAGCUCCACCCGCUCCUCAAGGUCCACCCGCUCCUCAAGCUCCACCCGCUCCUCAAGCUCCACCCGCUCCUCAAGCUCCACCCGCUCCUCAAGCUCCACCCGCUCCUCAAGCUCCGUCCGCUCCUCAAGCUCCAUCCGCUCCUAAAGCUCCACCCGCUCCUCAAGCUCCACCCGCUCCUCAAGCUCCACCCGCUCCUCAAGCCCCACCCGCUCCUCAACCUCCACCCAUUCCUCAAGCCCCAGCCGUCCCUCAAGCCCCUCAAGCCCCUGUGCGUUCAACGACUGCAGCAGUGACAACAGCUGCCGCUCCAUCAGAUGGAGCAGCUGUUCCAUCGACUGCGGCCCGUGCACUCACUGCUUCCAUCCAUGCACGGGCCAUCUCUUCGGCCCCUUCGGCCGUUCCUGGUUUACCGGUUCCCUCAUCGUCUUCUGCCCUUCCAUCGCCUUCAGCCUUGCCUCCGCCUCAUCCGCCUGUCCCAUGA